GGUUUGCGCAGCCUCCGAAGUGCGACAGAAAAGCUGAUAGUAGAGAGAUAGAUCCUAAAUAUCGUACCGGACCGGCACCAGUCGUCAUUUGGCAGUCGUAAGUCGUUCGACGGAACGGAAACAGCACAACUAGUAUCAAAGAGAACGCGCUAUCUGUGAUUUGGGAACUGUGCAGAGGAAGAUAUUUUUAGCCAACCAGAUCCAUUGUAAGUGAGCAACUCAGGACAAUUGGGACAUUUUAGUGCAAAGUACAGCAAACAGAUUGUUUCUAGAACUUGCUAGUGGCAGUGUUGCAUACUUUGAGUGUUUCGGAGUUUCGACAACAACAAAGCUAACUCAGGAUGGGUGUCCAGGAUGCGCAGGAUCACAUGCCGGUGCAGUGUGACUUUGAAAUCUUCGGUCAGGUGCAAGGAUGUGGAUUCACAAAACACUGCAGAGAUAAUUGCUUAGCACUUGGCAUUAAAGGAUGGGUGAAAAACUCCAAACAAGGCACAAUCAUGGGCAAAAUGCAGGGAGCGAAGGCAGACGUCGGAAAAAUGGUUGAAUGGCUAUCCAAAACUGGCUCUCCCGGGUGUAAGAUUGACAAGGCGGAAUUUACCAACUGGGGAACGUUGUCGCGGUUCGCAUUCGCAGACUUUGCCAUAAGAUUCUAAGAAUAACACAAUCCGAUUAAUUUUAAAUAUUAAAAAACAAAUUAUUCGUUGAAUCGUUCUACUGAGGAGUACAGAAAAUGCUUCUGCUUUCCCAUAGCACUACAAUGCUUCUCAGGUGUGUGAUUCCGUUGUUUUGCAAUUCUGUAAACUGUAUAGUAUAGCGUUUAUUCAUUAAUACACGCGACCUUUGCAAAAUGAAACUAUAACUACGCUGUAUUGUGUCUGUAUAUUUGUAAACACUAGAAGAAACAUUGAUUUUAUUUAUUCUGAACAAUAGAAAAUCCGUUGAUUGAGAUAUGAGACCAAUAAAAAUCAGCUCAAAGGAAUACUGAGCUUGGCACUUUUUAUCCAAUGAUAUACCAGUAUCAGAACAGCCAAAUGGUCAAGAUUGUUAAAUUUAAUUCAACACUUUUGUCUUGAAUGCAAUGGAAUAUAUCGAGCGAGAGCGCUAUUUACUUUUUAAGUCGAAAAUAUUUAGCUUACAAUAGAAGAUAAUUAUAAUGAAUAAAGAUAUUUACUAGCACUUACA